GUGAUUGGUCAGUGCCAUGCUGAGGCGUCUGCGUCCGAUCACCACUUGUUCUCAAUUACCAAUCAAAAGUGCUUUACGGACUCUCUGGAAGAAGUGUCUCGGACCCCAGCGCCGUGUGUCUGCUGCUCUUCAGCGUCGUUUUAGAAAGUGAAACCCUGAACCUUCUCAGAGAGAGGUGUCCAUAGACAAAACAUCCACCAGAGAAGGAUCGAGAAUGAACGGCAUGGUUUUGGACCUUUUUCAUCACUUGCCACGCUUCAUGGAGUCGGACAGCAAGAGUUUUCAGCCCUGGAGGGACUACAUAGGACUAUCGGACACAGUCAGAGAGAUCCUGGGUCGCAACAGCGCCACUGAGCCCCCCCCGCAGCCGUCUAAAGCUCCCCUCCCAGGAACGGAUGGUCUGUGCGAAGCUCUCGAGUCUGUGCGCCUGGACGCAGUUUGUCAAAGUGGAGCCCUGAGCGCAGACUUGGCGCCAGAUCUCCUCUUCAGACCCUUACUGCCAGCCUCACCUGCGCACAAGCGUCCACCUGAUGAUGUGUGGUGCGCCUCGGACUCCCAUUGUGCACCUGUUGUGGAUUUGAAACUGGUACCAAGAGAAAUGAGUUGCCGGGGCUCUAAAGACCGCAAGAAGCCCACUCGGUACUUAUCCCCGGGUCUGCCCCCCUCCCCUCCGCGUAUGUUCUGUGGUUUUUGUAAACAUAACGGAGAGUCCGAGCUGGUGUACGGAUCGCACUGGCUGAAGAGUCAAGCCGGAGAAGUCUUGUGUCCCUACCUGUGGCAGUAUGUGUGUCCCCUGUGCGGAGCCACGGGGUCCAGAGCUCACACCAAGCGCUUCUGUCCGAAGGUGGACAGCGCGUACAGCUCCGUUUACGCAAAGUCCAGACGCUGAUGCAGCAGGUGGCAGGUAGCAAAGCGCCACAGAGGGCUCCAUUCUUCAGUGCGGCUUACUUUAUUAACAUGAGUGUGUUUUAGUUUGGUUUUAUUAGCAUGUUUUGGCUUGUUUGCUGUGUGGGUUUUCCUUGCACUGCACUGAUUGGAGAUAUUUCCCAGCUGGUCUUUGUGUCUGCCUGGCCUUCUCUCACAGCGUCUCUGGGUUGUUUGGAUUUUGAAAAGUACUUUAAAGAACGACUGCCAGAUAUUAUGUUUGGGAGGAGAAAAAAAAAAGAUGUUUCAAAGUAAAAUGUAUAUUUGUUUUGUAUAAUUUUAACACGUGGCCGUCUGAUGUCCAAUUUUCAUAUCCUCUGUCCAUGCAGUAUACAGAACAGCCUGUUUAACACUAUGAAUCUAUAAUGAAACAGUCAUCAGUUGCUAUAGCAUCAUGUGACCAUGUCAGCAUCCCAACCUUUUUAAAUAGUGAUUGUUCCAGUUCUGAGGUCAUAAUACAGCAUGUUAUUUUAUUUUAUUUAUCUUGGUUUUUUUAAUAUUGUGUAUGUGGUGUAUAUGAAACGCCAUAUUAAGCUGAUCUGACUUUGUUAAAAAAAAGUGUGAAUACUUUUGUGUGUUGAACUAAAAAUGUCUAACUUGAAGACAAACGUG